AUGCGAGCUAUGGCCCACCAACUCCAUGUACAAACAAAUAUAGCAAAGGAUAAAAUAGUCACAUCGCGUCGAGUCGGUCGAGACGAGACGAGACGAGACGAAUCGAAUCGAACUGACAGACUCCACUCGGGAAGAAUCGAAGAGAAUAGUCAUGCGGUGAUCGUGACGGUCGCGGCCACCUCCCGCGAGAAGAAGGAAAAUGGUUGA